UCUCGACUAAAGAAGCCUAAUAAACGUAGCCAAGGAUGUCUAAAACCCAAAGUUCGGUCUUCUGGGUCAGUUCCUUUGCUCUAAAAGCUUCGCCUCCAACUAUGAAUAAUUACAGGAACCGUCCAAGGAGGCAGAUAAAUCUUACAAAGAACAAGAAUCUGAAAUCCUUAAGAAGAUUCUGUGAUGGCACUCUGAAGGAAUCUCAUGACGAGCAUACUCAGGAUUGAGCAGGACAUGGUAAACUUCAAAAUGCCACCGACUGUAACUUCAAGGAAAUAUAUUCCAAAGUUGAGAUGGCAAGUAGCCUUCUUCGAAGCAAAAGUGCAGAUCGGCAACAAUCAGCCAUCUCAAGGUAUGAAAGACAGAGAAGGAAAUAUCGAAGUGGACUAAAUCCAAGCAGCAAGUCUUCAACUGGAUGGAAGCUAUCAGAAAGUCAGAGUCUCAGUAGAAGGAACUGAUCCAAUCUUAUUCGCUCUAAAUCUCCAAAGCUCAAAGUCUCAAACAGUCUCAUUAAGAAUAUGAAGCCAUCCUCAUCUAUCCCUUCUAACUCCUGUUCGACAAGUAGGAAGAUUGGUCCAAAGUUUGUUCAGCCUUCAGCAGAGUUGAGGUCAAAGAAGGUAAUCCACAAUGGAUCCAAGAACUCCUUCUUAGGCAGCAGAGGUAAAAAGAGGGAUGUCUCAAAUGAAAUGUUUCAACAAUACCUAAUUCCAAAGCAAAUAUCUCCACAUAACCAGAGACUAAGCCCUAAGAACUUGAGUACUGAUAGAGAGAAGAUCUUCCAAGAAUUAGGAAAAUGAAAGUCAAAGCAUAAGAAGCUCAAAGGCAGAUUCAAACGAGUCAUUGAGGACAAUAAGAACCUAAGGGUCCUUAACAAAGGGCUGAAUAAAGUGGUCGAUGAAAUAAUUGCCUACCUUACUAGAGUCCUUCGGUCAGAACAAGACAACCAAGUCGCUAAUAAGAUCAUAAAUAUUUUUAAUAACCAUCACGAAGAGAUUACGAAGAAGUCUAUUAAAGCUAGAGGUGACUCUAUACUCAGAGAAGAAGUGUCUACUUCUUUUUCAGUCUCAGUCAUGGAAAAGGAGAGUCAUAACUCUUCGAAGAUACUGUCUGAUCCUAAAAUUGCUACAAAGCCUCUUGAUAGACUACUUCCAAACGAACUUGGACAGAGAAAGAUUGUGCCUAAGAAAGAGCUGAAGAUAUUCCAUCCGAAAAUUUUGUGGCAAAGAGAAGCCGUAAAUUCCAGUAGAGUUAUCGAUUCUUUCCAGAGUCCGAUAAUAGACACUAAGAACUUCCACUCAACUCUGGAAGGGUUUAGAGAGAACCUAGAGAAAGUAGACAUGAUCUUAAAGGGAUGUAGUAAAGACUCUCAGGCUAAAUUCUCAAGCCUCCGUGAAGUCUCAUGCAAUAUUGAAGCCCAACCCAGAAGGUUAAGCGAGAAGUACUCCUCUAAGAAACCUAAGCUCUGAGGGCUGAUGUCAAAGAUGAAAUCAGGCCAUUCGAGGAAUGUUGAGAAUGUCGUGUCAAGCAGAUCUGAGAAAAUUAAAGAAAACUAAAGAGGGGUUUAAAGUUGAAAAGAUUGG